AACACUCUGAAAACAACUGAUCCUGAAAGAGGAAAAGAGGAAUUUGGAAAUACAGGGGAACAAAAAAGAUCAUAAGAAGGAAUCCUGUGUCUCUCGAAGCUGUGAGGUGUUUGAGCCCCAGAACCGAAUCACCAAAGAAAGAGUCAAGGAAGCAGCCCAGUGUGUGAAGAAAUAACCCCUGUAAGUGUAGCUCUAAAAGGCACUGCAGACGGCCUGUGCAGUGGGGUGGAUCUUGUAUGAAAAUGCAAAAUACCCACGCAACGGAGAAACCAUAUAAAGGUUCGGUUUGCGGCAAGAGCUUAUCUCAGAGUGGAAAUCUACAGUCGUAUCAACUGAACCACACAGGAGAAAAACCAUAUAAAUAUGUUAAAUGUGCAAAGAACUUCAGUCAGAGGAGUCAGCUUAAUGUACAUCAAAGGACCCACACAGGGACGAAGCCAUAUAAAUGCAUGGAAUGUGGAAAGCGCUUUAGUCAAAAAGGUAACCUUGGUUUACAUCAAAAGACGCACACAGGAGAGAAACCCUAUGCGUGCCUUGAAUGUGGGAAGACAUUCAGAUUGAGUAGAUCCCUACAUAUACAUCAAAGGACCCACACAGGGGAGAAGCCGUAUAAAUGCAUGGAGUGUGGAAAGUGCUUUAGUCAGAAAGGUAACUUUGAUUUACAUCAAAAGAUGCACACAGGAGAGAAACCCUAUGCGUGCCUUGAAUGUGGGAAGACAUUCAGAUUGAGUAGAUCCCUACAUAUACAUCAAAGGACCCACACAGGGGAGAAGCCAUAUAAAUGCAUGGAAUGUGCAAAGAGCUUUAGUCGAAAAGGUAGCCUUGGUUUACAUCAAGUAAGGCUUUAUGAUUUCUUUGGGUAGCUAAGUGCUUUCUGACAAGCAAGCAUAAACCUCUCCCUCCUCCAUUCUCCUGACAAGCAAGAAAGGGAUGUCCUCCUGCAUUCUCUUUGCUAGGUCUUAAAUUCCAUUUUGUUAGGCAUCUCCUUAGCCAAUCAGAUUCGAGUCCUUUGUUUAGUAGCUCCAAUCCCAGAAUGUCAUUUCUUCUUCAGUUCCGCCUCUCCUUCUCACGGGAUUCUACCUUGGUCAGCAACUCAUAGAUGGGACGGCCUUGACUGGCUGGCCUUAGACGAAAACACCUGUGAAAAGUCCUGAGAACAAAGGACUACAUAUCCCAGAAGAGAAACCUGUUUUAACCUCUUUUUUGUUCAUGCACAGGAAUUGGGGCAACCAUGACUGUAAUUCAGACCCUUUAAUGACAGUCACUCCUCACUGGAGGACCAAGUUCCGUUCUUGUGACUUGGUUGUUAAGCCAGUUGGUUGAUAAGCGAGGAGCUUAAAGGCAGAAGCAGGAAGAAGCUUUAGCCGGAGCCAGCCAGAAAUCCCGCCAUGUGAAGAAGCGGUUAAGAGGAAGCUCUUAAAC